GAGUGUGCUACGUCAUUGCAUCCAUGGAUAUAUAAACCGAAAAGUCACCGCGCUAGGCAUCACAAACUUUUGGUAUACUCUGAAGGCAAGAUGCACGCCGGACUCUCUCUCCUCGUCCUCUGCCUCGCUCUUGGCUUCGCUGUCUGCAUCCCUGAAAAGGCAGAGAAGGAAUCUGAAGAGAGCCCGAGAGACAAGCGAGGAUUUAAUACAGCCUUCACUGCCGGGUAUGGAGCCGGUGGCGGUUAUGGUGGCGGCGGUGGCUACUUGAUUGUUGGGUCUGGUGGAGGAGGCGGCCACGGACCCACUUCUGCUGACAUCGCCAACCAGGCUGCUGCUCAGGCUUCUGCUGCUGCCGCAGGUCUUCAAGGAGCCUCUAGUUCAGCUGCGCGUGCCGCAGCUAAUCAGGCUGCUGCAGUGUCAGUAGCCGCGGCACAAACUGCUCAAGCCGCAGCUGCACAGAAGCAGUCCCAAGCCGCACAAAUUACACAAGCUGCACAGGGUGCGCAAGCAGCAGCCUUUGCAGAGUCCUCUCUCUCCGGGCAAGCCUUUGCUGCUGAGCAGGCUGCAGAAAAUACCUACAACUUGGCCGUUGCUGUAGCUAAUGAUUUGGCUGCUGCCCGUCAGGAGGCCCGAGCUGUCACUGCCCAGGCAUUCAAUGCUCUGCAGGCUUCCCGAGCAGUGAGAGCUGCACAGGAGGCCAUGGCUUGGCAAGCCCAGCAGGCGGCCGCCUCCCUCCAUCAACAGCAAGUUGUUGUCAUUAGCGACUUGCAGUCUGCACAGGGAGCAGCAAAUCAAGCUCAGGCAGCAGCUGCCAAGGCUUUAGCUAAGGCUAAGGGUACCGGGGGUGGCUAUGGAGGCGGCUACGGCUACGGCCACUAAGGAUACAAGAACACAUAGGGGACACCACCUGAUACUCCCCAGUCAAAAGGCUCACGGAACGGAGGCCAGUGGUAAGCGGUCGUCUGGGGGAACUGGAGUAACUUUAUACUGUGAAGCAUUCUCAUAACAUUACGUUAAU